AAUUCCAAAACAAACGAAAUGGCGGCGGCUGUAAGAUGGAAUCUGCUGCGGGUUUUACGCUCCCAGGCUGCUUCGCCUCCGAUUAGGUUUUCACUGAAAGACAGAAGUCAGUGCUACUCCCUGUGGUUAGCCCAGAAGCACAGAAUACUUCAGCAGUCAGAGAACAAACAAAUCUUAGUACGAUGUCUGUCUAUUUUGACACAAGACACACCAAACCCCAGGAGUUUAAAGUUUCUUCCUGGGAAGCCUGUGCUGGGAACAGGAACUCUAGAUUUCCCAACUUCAAGUUCUGCAGAGUGUUCAUCUUUAGCAAAGAAUCUUUUUCAGGUUGAAGGGGUGAAAAGUGUGUUUUUUGGCCCAGAUUUCAUCACACUGACCAAGAUAGAUGAUGUGGAGUGGAUGGACAUUAAAGACAAUGCAGUUGAGGUCAUCACUAAGUUUUUUGAGAGUGGAGAACCUGUCACAACUGGAGUGACGCAUCCUGAGAACAGUGUUUCAGAAGAGGAUGAUGACAUUGUCUCUAUGAUUAAAGAGCUUUUAGACACAAGAAUCAGGCCCACUGUACAGGAGGAUGGAGGUGAUGUCAUCUUUAAGGGCUUUGAAGAUGGCACAGUGAAGCUGAAGCUGGUUGGCUCCUGCACAGGAUGUCCCAGUUCAACAGUUACGUUGAGAAACGGCAUUCAGAACAUGCUGCAGUUCUACAUUCCAGAAGUGGACGAUGUGGAACAAGUGGAAGAUGAAGUGGAUGAAAUCAACAUGAAAGUGUUCACAGAAGUGGAGCAGAAAUUAAAAGACUCAUAGCAUGACGGGUCAUUCUGUUGUCUCCAGAUCACCAUGGAAUAAUACAGUAGAAUAUUUAAAUAUCGGUUGUAUCAUCAGAGAAUUGUAAGAGACUUUGAGCAUGCAUAUAGAGCAAGAUAAUAACACAGCAUACAACCAGUUACAACAAGCUGCAAACGUAUUCAGACUUCUAUAAAGGUUUCAAGUUUCUUCUAUAUUGCAACUUACACAUUAAUAGAUUUUUUUUUUCCAUGCUUCUAGGAUGUUAUGCACCUAGUAUAGCAUUGUAAGGCUGAUAAGACCACCCUGCAAAAAACUGAAAGAACUAAAUUUUAAACCAUUACUAACGUUGGACAGGUUAACCAGCUUUCCUGAGUUAAUGUAAUUGUUUGCUAAACUAAUUAUAUAUCUUAGAAAAUACCAGCUUGAGGUUGCAAAUAUUUUAUUUAGCAUUUAUCUGUAUUUACUCAUAUGAAUCGUUGCAUUCUAUUUUAGGCUACUGAAAUAGACUAGCAAUGACGAAACAGCUUAUUUGUUUAGAUUUCCCUGAUUGCUAUGUGUGGAAACACAAAAUAUAAAGUCCUAAAAAAAUAUUUUAAAGAGGAAGUUCACCUUUUUUUUUUUUCUUUCUCUCAAAAAUGUCAGCAUAAUUUACCUAGAAAUGUAAACAAAGUUGGGGUUUAGGGGGUCUUUCUGACUGGUUUACUUUUCAGUGGUGGUGAUAAGAACCAGAACCACAAAUCCACCGACUCUGUUUGCUAUCCACAAUGACCAGUAAACAUACACAUCUUUUUGUAUACAAAGUUAUUAGUGAUAAAAUUGCAGUAAAUCUGGCGGAAAAAAAGGUUUCUUUGGGCGCUAUUUUGUCUUACAGUGCCCUGUAUAUAUCAGAUUUAUUUUUAAAAUAUAUAAUAAAACAGUGUCCCAGGCAUCACACAAUGUGCUUGCAACCAUUUCAUGUAGUAACUUUCUAUGAUGUUUCUAUCCCCACCACUGACUUUUUUUCAAGAAUGGUGCAUUUCAUAUCAAAUAUAAACCUUUUUAAAGAGAUAUUUAAUAACGUGUUCCUAGCUGUAAUUCUGUCCAUUCAUUUUUACAUGACAACAUUUGGCUGUUGAAAAGUGUCAUGUACAGUGCAGCAUGUCUGAAUAUGUUUGCGGUUGGUGGUGUUGUGUGUCUAGACCAGGGAUCAACUUAACCUGCAGCUACAACAGCUUUUUGCAGAUUUCAUUUCAACCAAGCAAGAGCCCUCCUCAUAUAACUAACAAACUGCUUGAAGGCCGAGAUCAACUGAUUGGUACCAGAUGUGCUUCUGCCAGAUGGGAAUGAAAACAUGCCGCCACACUAGCCAACUUUUCAUUCAGCAGCACCUUAAUAAUCCACUGUAAAUGACAUGAUUAAGGUUUAUCAGAUAGAGUUCAAAGUUGGUUUCACAAUAUAAUUUGCAUACUGUUACAUAUACAUCAUUGACAUAACUGUAUACUGUAGUGCUUGUGUGCAAUAUUGUGCUGAUCAUUUUUUUAUGUAGCUUUACAGUUUCCAGACAGCUCGACUUGAAUGCUUGUCUUUGGGAGGUUUGAAAUUGUGUUGCACACAGCAAAUUGAUACAGUUUGAAGUCUAUACCAGUGGUUCUCAAACCCCAGUCCAUGUUUUACUUUAUUUCAGCUCCACAUCUGAACCAAACCAUUCGAAAAUGCAGAAAACCUGAUUUAGGUGCAUUAGGAGCUGGGUUAGAGCAUAACUGUGGACCCUGAGGACUGGUUUAAGGUCUCUAAUCUACACUAUAGAUCACAGAUUUUUAGGUUAAAGAGCAAAAUUGCACAAUUCAGAGGGACUGAGAUUGAAUUAUGUUCAGCUUUUGGUCUGUAUGAGCAAAUUCAUUUCUUUGUGCACAGACAUUUAGAUUAAGUAAAUAUUUCUAAAAACAAAUGGUUAAAUGUAUUGUACUAGCCUUCAAACAGUGUCCCUGCAGUUGUUCACUGUAAAGUUCUUUGAGAAGUAAUGUCAACUUAAAAUGUGUAAAUAAAAUACAGUCUAAGAAUCA